AUGACAGAUGUUUUCCAUAACGCUCCUGUUUCUCUAGUCAGCCCAGCCCGAGGUGAGGUGAAUGGUGAGGGAGAGAUUCUAGAGACACUGAUGACGAGAAGCAGCACCGAGGUCUCUGUCUCGAAAGACAAAGAAGAUGGUGUGGCCUUUUGGACAAAGCACACGAAGCCCGUCGUGACUUCGUUGCUCAAAGCGGUCGGAAGCUAUACUGCUGAGCAGCAGGCAUCUCACCUAGAAUUUCUGGAGAAAUAUAUCAUCCCUAGCAUGGGACGCGCGCCCGAAAGAUCUCGCGCUAGAUCCCUUCUCACACCCAAUGGCUCGCCUUUCGAGACCAGCAUCAACCACAGCGACAAUGGCAAGUCAUAUGUGCGCUUCUGCUAUGAGCCGGUAUUUCCGGGGUCUGAUGGCGUCACCGAGAGCCCUAUUCCAGUCAUCGGAGAAAAGGUGGGUGCGGACUUGCGCUGGUUUAACCAAUUUGCCGCCGAGUUCUUCCCGUCCGAGGCAGACGAUGCGAUUCUGGCAGAGAAGGUGCCGAAGGACACGAUCCGCAUGCCCAAGGUAUUCCUCGCGUUUGAUCUCGUAGAAGGCAGGCAGACGAUGAAGGCGUAUUUCUAUCCCAUCAUCAAGUACAUGACCUCAAAGACCAACUCCGACAGGGCGGGCUUUGAUCUGAUCAAACGCCUCGAUCCGCUUGGUACAUCCUUUGGGCCCGCCCUAGAUGCCAUAGAGGACUACCAAAAGUUGUUGUACCAAGACCCGCCACUGACUGCUGUGAUCGGUAUCGAUUGUGUGAGCCCGGAGGCUGGUGCUCGUAUCAAGAUAUACAUCGAUCCCCAGUCCAACUCUUGGGAAACGGUCCGAAAGCACGUCACGCUUGGAGGCAAGCUGACGGACAAGACGACGCUUGACGGCUUGGCUAUCCUGAGCGAAUUGUGGAACCUGAUGAUCAAUGAGCCUGAGGACAAGGAGAUUGAACCUAACUUCACAAAAGAAGUCCGAGGCUCGCAGCCUAGCCCUAGUGGCGCUUGUUUCAGCUGGGAGCUAAAGCCUGGCCUGGCCAUACCUGAUGUAAAGAUAUAUAUCCCGUUGUGCCAGUACUUCAAAAGCGACAAAGCCAUUGUGGAGGCCAUGGAAAAGGUAUUCCGGAAGCGCGGAUGGGCUUGGGGUGUGGAGGGGGCUUAUAAGAAGGUCAUCUUUGAUGCAUUUGGAAGCGAUUGUGUUGAUGAAGAGAUUGAAACUCCAUACGUGCACACAUUUGUAUCCUUCAACUUCUCUGAGAAGAAGGGGGCGUAUAUGACGACAUAUGUGGCACCAUUUGUUCGAUUUCCUUAA